GCCUGCAGAAUUACUCUUUGUGGAGCUGUUUUGCGGGUCAGCCCGCCUGUCGAAAGCAGUUGCAGAGGCAGACUUGAAUGUGUUAGCGAUUGAUAAGGUUGCUAAGGCCAACGUGGGGAGCCUGCACAUUGCCCCGCCGUGUGGAACGGCCAGUGGACCGACUCAGAGUGCAAGCGGCAAAUACGCUGUACGUGGUGUCGGUCGUGGCUGCGUCCAUUGUGAGCUAGGCUUGGAUGGCGAGUGGGGUUUGGCGGACCCCUUGGCGAAAGAAUGCGACAACUCACACACCCACGAGCCGUGGUCUCCGCUGCUAAAGGAUGGGAAACCUCACUUCCCGACCAGUGAGGAGGCAGCCUACCCUUUGGAGCUGUGCAAAGCCCAUGCGUUUAACCUCUGGACUCAGUUGCUUAAGAAAGGCAUUAAGGCACAGGCGUUGCACUUGCACCAGGAUGCGCUCGGGGCUAGGGACCUGCGACAGUUUACUGCCAAGCGAGUGCCGCCACUCUUGGGUGAAUACUGGUUCAUAGGGGACAAGCUGCAACCGAUGGUAGGGGUGUACCGAACACCCGUGCAAGCUAUCGGGGCUGCCUUGACUUUGAAACAUCCUUUGGAGUUCGCCACGCCGUUGCCAGACCUGUUGACGAGGUGCGUGGUGGAUGUUUUGAAUAUGGGACCAGCAGCCUUGAUCCAGUUGCGGAGCCAAAACCUUGCUUGGAUUCUAGAACGGCGGAUCGCUUUAUCCAGCAAGGAGAUUCAGGCGCAUGCAGAGAUGCACCCUGAUAUGGCAAGGUGCUUGAAAGGCAAACAAACUUGCUUGUGGGAAGAGCUGCUGCUGCACACGGGCUUCCCUGACGAUUCCUUGGUGCGCGAGGCAGUGUGGAGGCGCAAAGCAGCCAUCGCAGCGUGCAAACCGGCCGAUGACCCAGAACUCGCUGAAUCCCUUUGGCAACAGACAUUGGAUGAAACGGAGGCUGGCUGGAUCAAAG